AUGCCACCGCCUCCGCAGGUCCGGCGGGGCGAAAGGGAGAUGACAGGGGAGGGUCCCCGGAUCCGGCAGCUGGAAGGCGCCGGCCGCUGCCGCGCUGCGAGGCGCAGUGGGCCUGGCUCUCCGGCCCCCACGACCUCCAUUUUGCCCAAAGAAAGCUGGGGGGAGGGGAGGGAAGGCCGCCUGAGAGCGGAGGUACCUGUGGCGGUGGGACUCUGCGAAGGGGUCGCUAGAAGAGCGCGGGAGGGAGGUCCUGUCUUCCUCCGCGGCGGAGGCGGCAGCGACGCGGAUGGAUUCCCUCAGUCACCCAACUCAACCGUCCAGCACUGCUCUCCCCAGAGCGGAGGGAUCCCGCCCGCUAGUGACGCGGUCGUCCCCGCCGCGCCCAGAGUCCGGUUGGACGAGACCAACUACUUAAUGUGGGGCGCGGCCCCCGGCGGGGUUAUUGUCUUGCUUAGCAGCCAAUCGGCGGCGCCGUUGGGGGCGGGGGAUCUGGCCCUCCGAUUGGCCGCCUCACGCCCCGCCCCCGCCCGGGAUCCCGGGAGCUGUCCGGACGCCUCGGUGCUGAUCCCGCCGCCGCCCACGGGCCGCGAGCUGCUGAGAGGGCACUAUGAGCGGGGGCGUCUACGGCGGAGUCCUUCCCGGACGCCUCUCGCUCUCCGGGCCAAACUCUCUACCAUUCAACCCACCUCUUCAGGGACCCCAGCCCCUUCCUUCCCCGCCAAAGACAGUGGCCUGAAGAAGGCCACUCAGCAAGACGGGAUUCUGGCUGGCUUGACUCCCACUCUCAGCACCCUGGAUUCCAGGCUGAGCUCCCACCUGCCCCUGCGCGGGAUGAAGGUGGCGAGACUGUGGCUCUGCCCUGACCUCCUCUCGGAGGUGUCCAGGCAAGAGAAUGAGGUGGGGGCGCUGGUCUUUGACAUUGGCUCCUUCUCGGUCCGCGCUGGGUACGCUGGGGAGGACUGCCCCAAGUCCUUCUCCCUGCCCAUCCUCCCCCCUCAGGCUGACUUCCCCACCACGGUGGGGCUGCUGGCCGCGGAGGAGGGGGGCGGGCUGGAGCUGGAGGGGGAGAAAGAGAAGAAAGGGAAGAUCUUCCACAUAGACACCAACGCCCUGCACGUGCCUCGGGAUGGAGCGGAGGUCAUGUCGCCCCUCAAGAACGGCAUGAUCGAGGACUGGGAGUGCUUCCGUGCCAUCCUGGAUCACACCUACAGCAAACACGUCAAGUCUGAGCCAAAUCUGCACCCAGUGCUCAUGUCCGAGGCGCCGUGGAACACUCGGGCCAAGCGAGAAAAGCUGACAGAGCUGAUGUUCGAGCAGUACAACAUUCCUGCCUUCUUCUUAUGCAAGACGGCAGUGCUCACCGCCUUUGCAAAUGGACGCUCCACGGGCCUUGUGCUGGACAGUGGGGCCACUCACACCACAGCCAUUCCAGUGCAUGAUGGCUACGUCCUGCAGCAAGGCAUUGUCAAGUCACCCCUGGCAGGGGACUUCAUCUCCAUGCAGUGCCGGGAGCUCUUCCAGGAAAUGGCCAUUGACAUCAUCCCACCUUACAUGAUCGCAGCCAAGGAACCUGUACGGGAGGGUGCUCCCCCGAACUGGAAGAAGAAGGAGAAGCUACCCCAGGUUUCCAAGUCCUGGCAUAACUACAUGUGCAAUGAGGUGAUCCAGGACUUCCAGGCUUCUGUACUGCAGGUCUCUGACUCUCCUUAUGAUGAACAGGUGGCUGCACAGAUGCCCACAGUGCAUUAUGAGAUGCCCAAUGGCUACAACACAGACUACGGCGCUGAGCGGCUCCGCAUCCCUGAAGGCCUGUUUGAUCCUUCAAAUGUCAAGGGCCUAUCAGGGAACACCAUGUUGGGCGUGGGCCAUGUGGUGACCACCAGCAUUGGCAUGUGUGACAUUGACAUCCGCCCGGGCCUCUAUGGCAGUGUCAUUGUCACCGGCGGGAACACACUGCUUCAGGGCUUCACUGACAGGCUUAAUAGAGAGCUUUCCCAGAAGACCCCACCGAGCAUGCGACUGAAGCUCAUCGCCAGCAACAGCACAAUGGAACGCAAGUUCAGCCCCUGGAUUGGGGGCUCCAUCUUGGCCUCACUGGGCACUUUCCAGCAGAUGUGGAUCUCCAAGCAGGAAUACGAGGAGGGCGGGAAGCAGUGCGUGGAGAGGAAGUGCCCCUGAGGGCGGCCCAUCCCCAGCGGGGGCGGAGACGGAGCGCCAAGAGCUUUCCCUGGCCGGGUCCCCACAGAGCAAAUCGAAGCGCCCUAGCCUCCCAAGCUCCCCUCCUCUUCCCCUUCCCUCUCGUCCUCUUAAAUUGUGAAGUUUCUGGGUUAAAAGGAGUAAAAAUGUUUUAGAAAAAAAAAAAAAAGUUUGGCUUCCUUGGGACGCCUGGGCACAGUGUGGCGUGGGGGGUCGGGAGCACAGCCCGAGGAGCCACGGCGUCCUCAGGUUUCAAGGGGCCACGAGUCUGGAAGAAUCACGCAUCGAGGACCGGGUGGAGCCGUGGAACAAGGCCGCGACCUAAAAGCCGAGUUAGGGCGGGUAGGGAGCUCCUGCAGAAGGAAGGCUGGCGGAUGGCAAGAUGGAGAUUCUUCUUGUGUCCCCUCUGGA